ACUACUGGUGCUAUCUUUAGGAAGAUCAAUAUUUUUGUUAAUAUUUUGGAGAGAGGUAUGGUGCUUGCAAGGAGGUGACAGAUGUUUAUUUGCUGCCGCAGUAGAAGCUUCAAAACAGGAUGAGGAACAUAACUUCAAGCAGUGGGCAAGUGGAAAGUGUGAGCGCCAGGCGAAGUGAAUCAGCUGAUGCCGAGGGCAUCACCCGGCUCAUCACCCCUGCGACCGAGGAGCUUUUUGGUCCAGUCAAUGUCCUUCAUCUCCUGGAAAAAGCCAACCUGGCGGUGACCUUGGCCAAUGACAAGGACGAGGUGGUGGCCCACGCUUCGUUCUUCGACUAUCCUGCUUGGGACCUGGUGGAUGCUGCUGAGUGGGAAACGUUCCUGCAGAAACGCUUCAGAGCUGAGGCCUUUACGCCUUGGAACACUCUCUUCAUCCACUUGUUUGUGUCAGCGCACGACUUCGCCACGGCAAGCUUUUGCCACAUCAUCAGAGCGGUGUUCAAUACCACAGCUGAGCUUGAAUACGUGUGCCUGCUGAGCCCGAAAUCUGUCUACUUAGAACCAUCUCUGGCCGACUUGUUCGAGCCUCUGCAGCGUCUGACAGAAGAAGAAGAAGAAGAAGAAGAAGAAGACGAGUCUCAGCUGACAGCAUUGAUGUGUCAGAGACAAAGACUUUGUCCAAGACUUCUUGUCCGUCCUGCCAGGGUUGAAGACCAUGAUGACGUCAUGCACAUUGUGGCUGAGCAGACCAGGCUGCUGUCCUACAUGGACCGGCCUUACUUCCUGUCGGAGCUCAUCGAGGCCCAGGACGAGCACAACCACGCUGCCGUGUGUGAGAGCGACGGCGCCAUCACGGGUUUCAUCAGCGUCACAGCUGAGGUGGACGUGAGGAAACUGCAGGAACAUUUUGACUUGAGACACUUUCAUGGUUUGUGCAAACGACAACCAGGCGACGAUCUUUCCGAUGAGGAGGAAGAACCAGAACAAGAACUAGAACCAGAAGAAGAACCAGAAGAAGAACCAGAAGAAGAGCCAGAAGAUGACCCAGAUCAAGAACCAGAAGCAGAAGCAGAACCAGAACAGCCGGCUUCACCCUUGCAGGAGGCUUCGUCUGAAUGGACCUCAAAGGAACCCAACGCCUUCUGUAUUCAGUUCUUCUUCUCGGAGAAGAACUACGAGAUCAGAUCACUGGACUUUAUUCCAUACAUUUUCCAGCUCUUCCCUGACCUGGACUUCUGCAUCAUCACGGUGCCAACCUUCUCUCCAGACUUCCCGCUCUUGCAGAACUUCCUAAGAGUUCCCCCACGAGCCAGCAGCUUGUUGCCCUCUGACCUCUACAUACUGCACCGUGACGGGCUCAGGAACAUCACAGUGCGAGCGGCGACCGCUUCUGACCAGCCCGCUGUGUCCAACCUGGUGCUGCACUAUAGGCUGGGCCGCGCCCUACUGAAGGACUUGGACCUUGUCUUGACUCACACUGACACAGCCGGGUGUCCUCUGCAGGCCUUCGUGGCCGAGGUAGACGACAAGAUCGUUGGCACGUUGAUCAUCGGAGACGAGACGGACAUGGAGUACAUUCGGGCCCACUACAACAUUGAGAACUUCAUCUACUUCAGCCAUCACGGUGACCAGGAGCACGCUCGGGUCCGUCACUUUGUGCUCAAGCGUUGCUUCCAGCACUUCAGCAAGCACGUGUUCAAGGAGACUCUGCGGCUGGCCAACAAGUCCUGCUUGUACCACCGGGUGCACCCGCUCGGCUCCAGCCAGGAGGACUGCUGUGUCCACCAGCUGGACUUUGUCUUCAACUGUGCCGUCCCCGUGCGUCCGAGGCGUCAGAUCAUCUACCCUCUGAAGGAGCUGGGCAUCAACGCUCCUGCCAGCAGCAUCACGGAGUUGCAGGCCCCCUUUGCUCUGAGCCUCAUCAGCCGCAAGCUGACCAUGGAGCCAAAGGUCACGGUCAACUCCAGGAUUGUCCUGGUGGGGGCGUCCAACACGGGCCUGUCCUUCCUUGAGGUGCUUUGUUUCUGCCCUCACCUGAGGUUCAACAACCUCACUCUCAUCUCAACGCACGGUUUCCCCAACGACCGCAGCGUCCGUGGCGCCAAGUUCCUGUCCACGAGCCACGCUUACAGCCGCAGAGACCUGGACCAGCUGCCCCUGCGCUUCUGCGUCACCGAGGUCGCCGCCAAGAUGGUCGCCAUCGACAGGAAGUCCAAACACGUGCUGGUGUCUAGUGGUGCUAAAGUUCCUUACGACUACCUGGUCCUCUGCACGGGCCUUCAGUACCAGGUUCCGUGCCCGACAGGAGCAGGUCAGAACCAGGAGGACACAGACAACCAGCAGCCGGCGCUGUCCUGCCCACCCAGGUACACUGGCCUGGUACCGUCCAAUUUGUUCACUUUCAACGACCCCCACGACUGUGAGACCGCCCGCCAGUGGCUGCUUGACAACUUUGUGAAGAAGAAGGGUAACGCCAUAGUCUAUGGAAACGGCGUUGACGUCUUCACCACCGUGGAGAUGUUGCUUCAUAUUGGAGUUCGAGGGGCCCGUAUUCACCUGGUCCUACCUCCUCUGGAACAUGAACCCCCUCCUGAACCCAGUCCCGGUGUUUCCUACUUUACUGACCCGGCUGUGGAGAGUUCUGUGAUGUCAGCCCUGAAAAAAGCCCGGGUCCGGAUCCACCGGGACUGCGUGCUGACCCACAUGAACAAUGGAGGCCAUCCUGAUCCUCUCACGUUGGUCUCUUUCAGCACCCCUUCAGAACCUCUCCACCUGCAAUGCAAAGUGUUCAUCAACCUGUCCAACAAAGGAGUGGACUAUGACGCCUUCAGGAGCAUCAGCAGCUCCUUCCUGGUCUUCGACGGCCGACUGGUCAUCGACGCCAUGUUUCACACAAAUGACGCCGCCAUCUGGGGCGCGGGCCCACUUACCAAAUUCUCUCGCUCGUACUACAGCGACGAGUGGUCCCACGCAAGCUUCAACUCCAAGGAGGUGGGCCAGGAGCUGGCGGCCAUGUUGCUGACUCACUUUGACCCCACGCUUGAGCCUGCUGACAAGUCCCCAGACGCCUUGACCCGACUGGUUCCCAUUUACACGCGACCCAAGAUCCAAGGUGGGACGUUACCAGGAAGAUUCAACUAUCUUCACGUCACCAAACCAGCUGCCAACCGCCUGCCAGGACGUCCUGUUGGACGUGGCCGACAUGUGGCAACGGGCCAGGCGAAGAGCAGCGACUACUUCUGUCUCCAUCUGGACCACAACGAGGUGGUGGAGACACUCACCUGCUUGUCCCUGAAGCCCCUCCCCAUCCCCAACCUCCUGUGUCUGUACGGCAAGCACCAGCAGCUCCUGGGUCAGCUCCUGAUCCGCCUACAUCUGGGUCAGAUCCACGACUUGUACAGCUUCUUCAAGCAGAGUUGGUGUCUGGCCAUCUUUCACGACCGCUUCUGUGACUUUGAGGAGGAGCUUUUUCAUUUCACCUCAGCCAACGUGAAGGAUGGCGAAUUGACACACAGGGUGACAUUAGACGAGGGCGUCCCCGCUCAGCACGUGCUGAAGGACGUCGCCACCAAAGCGGCACUGAGGAGGAGCGCUGCCAAGUAUUUGUCUUUCAACAGCAACCUGCUGCCCAUGUUCUACUGCCCCCUGGACAAGUAACACAACAUCCAAUUCUGUAUAAUGGUGACUUUUGAUUGACAGGCAUGUCGUGACACCAAGAGGUGUCCCUAAUAUACUGAGCGCCUUAUUGAGGUCACUUGAAUGGUUUAAGUGUAAAAUAAAAAAUUGUAAAUGAAAUGUAGGAAAUAAGAAUCAUAUGCUCUUCCAGCUGUAUGCUAAUGAGCCACACACACACACACACAUACACAGUCAGCCAACAGCUGUCAAAUAGCACAAGUUAGCAUUGCAAUGAACAAACUUGAUUCUUUUCUAAAAUGUCAGCAUGGACAAUAAG